CAACCCUCAACAUCCUACCCAACGAUCUGCCACGUCCUAUUUAUCCCCUUCCCUCCUCUUCCUACCCUACAAAUCUCGAGUCUCUUUCGGUCAAGCGAGAACCUCGUCGAUACCUGGAACCAACCUCGGAACCCUGUCCUACCCGUGCGAACGAUCGAACGAGCCACCGUCAAGCACCAAGCGACCUUCGCAAGCAAUACCGCAGCCAUGAAGGUGCACUACAUCGGCGUCGUCAGGAACAUCCAAGGCCAGGAGCCACAGGAGCUGGUCGCCGAGAAGGAGCUGAGCGCCUACUCUCGCUUCACCCGGAACAGUUAUGCCGAAUUCAUGACUCUGUUUGCUGGAAAGGUGGCACAGGCAACGAAGCCUGGUCAACGACAAGAUGUAGAGCAGCAAGAGCACACGUUUCACGCAUACGCCCGCUCCGAAGGCGUCUGCGGCAUUGUCAUCACAGAUCACGAAUACCCACAGCUGGUUGCUCACCAGCUCCUCUCCAAGGUCGUCGACGAAUUUCUUGGGCAACACCCGCAAUCAUCGUGGAAGUCGGGGGCUCCCACACUUAGCAUGCCGCAACUGAAGGAAUACAUCACCAAAUACCAGGACCCACAGCAAGCGGACAGCAUUAUGAGGAUUCAGAAGGAGCUAGACGAGACCAAAAUCACACUGCAUAAGACUAUCGAGAGUGUGCUGGAGCGAGGACAGAAGAUCGACGACCUGGUCCAGAAGAGUGACGGUCUGAGCGCGCAGUCGAAGAUGUUCUACCAACAGGCGAAGAAGCAGAACUCUUGCUGCGUGGUCAUGUGAACACAUCAAUACACCAAAGCCAUUCGCCUGGAGCUUCUCAGGCCGGAGACCGCAUCAGUCCUCGCUCGUUUGGGGAAAUCCGGGAGGCCAGGAAGGCAAAGUCAAUGGUUCACCUCUUGUGCGGCCUGCUGCUAUACGUAUAAAGUCAUGGCGGCUGGGAUUUCUCAGUGCUGUUUAUGUCAACUCAUAUACCUACAUAAUGAAGUUUCUAUGAUCUG